UUACGGGGAUCACUUGAACCAGACUGCAAAAUUUCUGAAGAAACGGUUCAAAGUCACAUCAUCCCUCGUGCUACAUCAAUCUCAGGCCGGUCUUGAUCUGCUCCGCCGAUGCCUCUGUCAUUGGUGGAUGAACUUCUAGGGCGAUCCCAGCCCGGCAGACAGACGGAGGCUAGGGGUCCGGCACUUUGGUAUAAAUGAGGCGUAUCAAUACUAUGUAUAGAGCGUUGUGUUGAAUAACUUUAUAGUUUUCGAAUCAAAAAAUUGCAGCAAUGUUGACCAAGUCGGCUGUCGUCGUCUCAUGGACUCUACUUGGGACAGCAUGGUCCCACGCGGUCAUGACUACCCCCGAACCCCGUGGUAUCGGCUCGGCGCAAGAAGCUGUAUGCGGUGCUGCUGUGACCGACCGUUUGGACGACGAUAAGGCGGGUCCGAUCGAAAACUCAGUGGCAGUGAUUGAUGAUGACUAUCACUGCAACCUGUUCCUGUGUCGAGGAUACCAAUUCGAAGACAACACGCAGAACAUCCUGAGUCUGGCGGGUGGUGAUGUGCUGGACAUUCACAUCGACAUCAUCGCUGGACACAAGCCUGGCUAUGCGAAUAUCUCAGUUGUCGACGCCAUGACGAACCAAAUCAUCGGCGAACCAUUGAAGGUCUGGGAUGAUUUCCUCAGCUCGGACCCUAGUGUCCCGGAUGACGAACGCGACUUCAACAUCACCAUCCCGCAAGAUCUUCCAACCGACUGCGCAGAGGCUGGCAACUGCGUGAUCCAAUGGUACUGGUACGCGACGGGCAACAAGCAGACGUACAUCAGUUGUUUGGAUUUCGAAGUUACUUUGUGAUGCUUUUGAGGAUAGCAGCGGGGUUUUCCGCGGAGACAGCGACUGGA